AUGAGCGACACGGACGGUGAGAAUGACGCCGACGCUGGUUCGAACCAGGGGCCGCCAUCAAGCGGCCGAAAGGUCGCCUGCAGUCAAUGUCGGCAACGAAAGGUCAAGUGUGACCGCGAGCACCCCUGUCUUGCGUGUUUAACGACUGGUCGGGAUUGUACCGUUCCCCCUGCCCCGGGUCCGCGACGGCCCAGAAGGCAGAACAACCAUGUGCUCCGUGCAAAACUCGAGAGCCUCGAGUCGCUCCUUCAGCAAUGUAUCGAGUCCCAACGCACGGAUGUUGAAAAGCAGGCCCCCGAAUCGGCCGGUCCAGUUGACCUUCCCCCAACGGCGCCUCAACCUACAGAGAGCGGUGACGAGGCGAAACAGCCGAAGGGUUACCUCGUGCAGACACGUAGUGGCGGCGUUGAAUUCCGCAGUGGGAAAAUUUCCUCGCUCGUCUUUCAUGAUCUGCAAACGAUCAAAGCUGUCCUCCAGGUCGAGGCCGAACAGGGCGCGUGGUUACCGUUCUUUCCAUCGCAGACAUCCAGUCAACUCAGUGGUGACACACUGACAGUGAGAGAAUGUAUACCGACGCCCAACGAGGUCGUUUUGCUCUGGGGCAUCUUUCUCGACAGGGUCGACCCCGUCACAAAAAUCAUCCACGUCCCGACAUUCAGCGCCCGAAUCGUCGACGCCGCCGCCAACUUUGGCAAGAUGGCUCUGCAGAUGCAGGCCCUCAUUUUCUCUCUUUUCCUUGUUGCCUCCGGCUCCUUGUCUCGGCAGGAACAUCACAAUCUCUUAGGAAGAACCAAGCGUGACACCAUGGCUACGCUGAGCCGGGGCUUCAAAGCGACAAUGACGCAGCUAAACUAUGUCAGAAAAUACAAUUCUGAGGUUCUGAGUGCCCUCAUAUUCUACUCGCUCGCGCGGCAGGGCGCUCAGCGACGGUCUUGCGACCCAUGGGUUCUGCAUGGCCUCAUCGUCAACAUUGCCUACAGUCUCGGUCUUCACAUUGAUGGCGAAGGUACAGGCCUCUCGCCUUUUGAGAAUGAAAUGCGGAGGCGCCUGUGGUGGCAGGUGGUGGAACUCGAUGUUAAGCAUACAGUAGCUGCAGGCGUUGGGACGUUUCUCAUGCGGAAGCUCUCAAGCACCAAGCUCCCCUCGAAUCUCGAUGACCGCGAACUCGACCCCGACAUGGUUACGCUUCCCCAAAGCCACAUCGGACCGACUGGCAUGAGCUUUUGUCUGACAGCGUAUGAACGCUGCUUCUGGGUGGCCGGCAAGCUGCAGCAGAACGAAAUCAACCUCAUCGAUGAGCUAAUCUUUUCCGACCCCACCCGGGAAGUGGACGAGGCGGCUACCCAAAAGCGUAGUGACGCGCGAGACUGGGUUCUUGAUCUUAUGGCCACAUCAGCACGAGACCUGGGACCCAUGGCGCGGCAGCGAUGCCCAGACAUGAGCAACCCCUUACACGCUAUGAUCACGCAAACAAUGGCAAGCCUAGAAAGUAUAUUACUGGCACUGAUCAUGCCUAUGCAAGAGACGCCCGAAUGGGGAACUGAGGUUCACGGGCCAGCAGAUAACCUCUUCCGCAUUAGCGUGGUGGCCCUCGAGUUUGCUCAACGUGAACAGCAGGACUUUGGGCAUCGCUUUCUCUGGUACGCAAAUAUUAGUUUCACGCUGGAUGGACUGUUCUAUGUUAUCGCUCAGCUACAAGAGCGCGUGUCCGGCUCACUGGCUGAUAGAGCAUGGGCGUGCAUCGAGAAGGCAUAUGGAUACCACGAGGAACUGUGGGAUCUGGACGAUAAGGAGACUAUGACGCUGGGCAACCUAGUUAUUGUUGCUUGGGAUGCGCGACAGACACACUUUGUCCGUAGACGGAUACCCUUCCCGGAGCCGCACUUUGUGACGACUCUGCGGGAAACGGUGAUGAUGAUGAAGGUGCAGGCAAUGAGUCUGCUGGCGGAAGUUUAA